CCGGGGCCGCGACCUGAGUGCCGCGGGGCUGCUGGCUCCCGCGCCCGCCCCGGCUGCAGCGCCGCCCGCCCCGGAGUACUACCCCGAGGACGACGAGGAGCUGGAGAGCGCCGAGGACGACGAGCGCAGCUGCCGGGGCCGCGAGUCCGACGAAGACACUGAGGACGCUAGUGAGACAGACCUGGCAAAGCACGAUGAGGAAGACUACGUGGAGAUGAAGGAACAGAUGUAUCAGGACAAACUGGCGUCUUUGAAGAGGCAGCUGCAGCAGCUACAGGAAGGUACAUUACAGGAAUAUCAGAAGAGGAUGAAGAAGCUGGACCAGCAGUACAGAGAGAGGAUCCGGAACGCAGAACUCUUCCUCCAGCUGGAAAUUCACAUUACUUGGAAGACAUUUUUAUUAAAAUCAGUUCGGCGCACACAGUCGCGGCCAGGCAGAGCGUGUACUCCAGCCCACAGCCCACAGUCAUCACCCAGGACACUGACUGAACAGGUGGAAAGAAAUUAUAUCAAAGAGAAGAAGGCAGCCGUGAAGGAGUUUGAAGACAAGAAGGUGGAGCUGAAGGAGAACCUGAUCGCUGAGCUUGAGGAGAAGAAGAAGAUGAUUGAGAAUGAGAAGCUCACGAUGGAACUGACCGGAGAUUCUAUGGAAGUGAAACCCAUCAUGACCAGAAAACUGCGGAGACGACCAAAUGAUCCUGUCCCCAUUCCAGACAAGAGGAGAAAACCGGCUCCCGCUCAGUUAAACUAUUUGUUAACGGACGAGCAGAUCAUGGAGGAUCUGAGAACGUUGAACAAGCUUAAGUCGCCCAAGAGACCAGCUUCCCCAUCCUCUCCUGAACACUUGCCUGCCACACCUGCAGAGUCUCCAGCCCAGAGAUUCGAGGCUCGGAUAGAAGACGGCAAACUGUACUAUGAUAAAAGAUGGUACCACAAGAGCCAAGCCAUCUACCUAGAGUCAAAGGACAACCAGAAACUGAGCUGUGUGAUCAGUUCAGUGGGAGCCAAUGAGAUCUGGGUGAGGAAGACCAGCGACAGCACUAAGAUGAGGAUCUACCUGGGCCAGCUGCAGCGUGGGCUCUUCGUGAUCCGCCGGCGAAAACUCUUAACUUACCGGGACUAGCUGCUUGGCCUGGAACAUGGAGAGUGCUGUGGGAUCUUCAGGGCCCUCACAUGCCGGCCUCUUCCAUCUCUGUACCGUUCUUUCCUGCCUCGGCUUCCUCCAGAAUCAGUCACCAGAGACUUACUCUCAGGAGUAUGGGGGUUUCAUCCACUUUCCUUUUUAUUUUUAUUUUAUUUUUUUGUUUAUACUUGAUCCUUUUUUUUUUUUUAACCCUCUUUUGAGUUUGAAGGGGAGCUCUUUUUUAAUAAGUGUCUUGAGGUCUUUCUCCCAUGAAGAGCAGCGAAUGUGUUUUCCUGUGUGAUCUGAUUGGUGGAUUGUGUGCCUGCUUCCCUUGUUAGGCCCGGAAGUGUGGGGUAGGAGAGUUCUCUCGGCUCUGCCGUCUCCGAGAAAUAAAUGAUGUGUAGCAUCUCGUCUGCCUUGCGCGUCUCCCUGGCCGAGCAGCUGGAGCUUCAGACUGUAUCCAGUGGACGGGGCUGGGAGAGGGGACGGUGCACGUUCCUAGCACGCUGGAGUUACCAGUCUCUGGAUGUUCUUGAGUGCACUUGAUUUAUGUAGACACGCCUGUCCUUGCUCAGGGUGGAAGAAGUGGUAAUUUCAGAAAUUUCCAUUUGUAAUUCCUCCCUCCUGGGCUAGAAGAUCACGUGUUCUGCUGUGGUCUGGGUCUACUCUGCUAGGUGGGGUGACAAGGCGGGCAUUGCAGUAACCAGCCUGUGUCUGCUGGAUCCACCACAGAGUCCCUGAGAUUUGGCCCAUGUUGGUAACAAGGAGAGCUCUGCCGUGCUGCAGCCACCCAAUCUGUGUGCUGUCUCUGGAGCACCCCCAGUGAGGCCCCCGUCACGGGAGAAAUGACUAGCGGGGCAGUGGGUUCUUUGUGCUCUAACCGCCACCGCUCCUGUGUGAAAAAGUGGGUUAAAGCAGCUGCCCCCAUCUCUGUGGACUCCAGUCGGCUGGCCACAUUUCAGAGCCUCCUCCCCCACCGCGGAGAUGGGGUUUCUCUGUGUAGCCUUGACUGUCCUGGGAACAACUCUGUAGACCAGGCUGGCCUCAAAUCUGCCUGCCUCUGCCUCUUGAGUUCUGGGAUUAAAGGCAUGCGCCACCACUGCCUGGUCUUUAGAAAUCUUUACAAAUAAUCUGUUUUGUUCUUAGCCCCUUGGACUCCAUGUUGCCUCUUGAUGUGGACGGGUGGCUCUGACUCAGAGGAAAGACUGUACAAACAGACGUAUUGUUUUCAUUUAUGUCCAUUGUCUCUCACUGGGAUUUCUAAGAAACCAUGAUAAAUGAUGAUGUUUAUUAAUUAAAA